AUGCGUCCCAAGAAGCAGAUAAAUAGCUCCAAAUAUAUCAAGGAGGAAGAAGAUUCUGACGAAGAUAUGCCUUUGAGAUUGCAAACUUCCGCCGAAGACUCGGAUUCUGACGUGCCUGUGAGCAAGCAGAUCCAGCGGAGGAAUAAUAUUAAAGAAAACAGCUCAGAAGAGGAGGAGGAACCGGAAGACGAGGAAAGUGACGAAGAAAGUGACGAAGAAAGCGACGAAAACGAUGACAUGCCGCUGUCGGGCAAAAAGCGAAAACAAGCUUCUCGCUCGAAACCCAAGCAAAGCCAAUCUAAAGCUGACAUCGAAGGCGGUGGAGAGCAGCGAUGGAACACACUCAUUCACAAGGGUCCUAAAUUUCCUGAGCCCUACACCCCUCUUCCUAAGGAUGUGACGCUACGCUAUGAUGAAGAGGUGGCUAUGUUUUACGCCGUCAAACUCGAAACACAGCAUGCUUCGAAUCCGAUCUUCAACAAGAAUUUCUUCGAAGAUUUCCAGAAGUAUUUGAAGCGGUAUCCCCCUAAGGAUGGAACGAAAAUUAGCAAGUUUGAAAAAUUGGAUUUCCGCGACAUGUUCAAUUACUGGCGCUCUCUCAAAGAAGCUGAAGCAGAGAGAAAAAAGAGCAUGGCCCCAUCUGCUCGAAAGGCGGAACUGGCAGCACGAAAGGAAGCUGACAACGAAUACAAAUUGUGCCUAGUAGAUGGCACACCUCAGAAAGCAGGGAAUGUCACAGUAGAGCCGCCAGGUCUUUUCCUCGGUCGGGGUGCUCAUCCCAAGGCUGGUCGGGUCAAGACUCGUAUCCUCCCCGAACAGAUAACCAUAAAUCACAGCGCAGAUCAUCCACCCCCUGCUCCUCCCUCAGGCCACAAAUGGGGCGAGGUUGUGGAGAGAAAAGAUGUUACUUGGCUUGCCCUCUGGCGCGAAAACAUUAACGGAAGCUUUAAGUACGUCUUCCUAGAUGCCUCGAGUAACUUCAAGACCGAAUCCGACCGCGAGAAAUUCGAGAAAGCACGCCGACUUGAUGCUUGUGUUAAGCAGGUCCGAUCUGACGUUUUAAAGAAUCUGACAUCGAAAGACCGCGUGGAUCGCAUGGUUGCGACGAUUGUGUGGCUCAUUGAUAACUUCUCACUUCGUGCUGGAAACGAAAAGGGAGAGGACGAAGCAGAGACCUAUGGCGUAUGCUCUCUCCGAUGCGGGCACGCUACAUUAGUACCACCAAACCGGCUCAAUCUAUCUUUCCUGGGUAAAGACUCUAUGAAAUUUGAAGAAACCCUCACGAUUAACAAUGUCGAUGUCUACAAAAACAUUGCUAUGUUUUUAAAGACUGACGGGUCCAAGGUCAAUGGCGUUUUGCAGGAGAAGGGCCCAGACGACCCUAUUUUUACGGCGCCUAAGGUGCGAGGCGACAAGAUGACACCGUUGCCACCUGAUGUUGUCAAUCAAUUUCUUGGAAAAUACAUGAAGGGUCUAAGUGCAAAGGUGUUCCGUACCUACAAUGCCUCUGCCACAUUCCAGGGCCUUCUCGACCACACUGAAGAAUGGCUUGCGACGCGUCCUACUCCGCAAGAGCGUGAAAUCAACCCAGCUAAUCUUAGGAUUGCUUACAAUGAAGCAAACCGCCAAGUGGCUAUACUUUGCAACCAUCAAAAAACUGUCAACCAUGUUAACCUCGGAAAAUCCCUAGACCGCACAAAAGAUAAGAUCUACGGCCUAAAGUACGACAUUUAUAAGGAGCAACAGAAACUGUUCACCUUCCACAAGGGUGCUGACUUGAAAAAGGACUACCCGCCCAAAGACUACCCAUUUGCAAAACAUUGGGCCUUAAUUCUGAAGGAACCUGACUUUGAUAAGUCACGUAUCAAAGAGCAUGAAGAGGCGAUGAUCCAAGCCAAAAAGGCGCGGAUGAUCUCGGCCUUUGAGCGGCAGGAGUCGGAACGUCGGUAUCAGGCAGAGCAGCGCAAAUCUACAACGAAAAAGCUCAAGGAAGAGGAGGAAGACGUCAAAAUAUCUAAGAUUUCUACUAAGACUGAGCUAGACGCAGAGUUAAAGAAGGUCGAUGCUCAUUUGAAAAUGCUCGAACGCGAGCGUAAAUCAAACAAAUCCGAAGCUGCUUCAUGCAAUGUUCCCUCUGCUGCCAAAAAAAUCCUAGGCAAGUUUGAGGCUAUCAAGAAACAAGAGGCGGAGCUUUUGAACAAGCACAACACAAGUGACGUGUCUCUGGGAACGUCGAAGAUGAAUUACAUCGACCCACGUAUUACCGUUGCUUGGCUGAAGAAGUGGGACAAGAAGUUGCAAAGUCUGACACCAACAAACCCUAUCAAACCGCUAUCAGACUCAAACAAAACAAGCAAAAAAGUAAAAAAGGAGCCUAUCACGGCCGAAACUGCUGCUGCAAGCGAGAAGAUGGAACUUGAUCUAGAAAUUAUGAAUAUUGGUCAAUUCUUUCCGAUGACUUUACAAAAGAAGUUCAAAUGGGCGUCCUUUGAUGAUGACAACAAGCCGCUUCCUCCUAACUGGACGUUUGUCAAAAAUGCUGACCAGAAAAUGCGCAAAUUAAGUAGUGCUGAACGUAAGUAA